GCCGAUCCGGGAUCUUGAUGCGUGCGCAUCAGCUAUUGCCAUACCUUUCAAUGCAACGUGUGCGAACAGCAACUCGAUUGGUGACUGUCGCUCUAGGAGCUUGUGUAAAGUCAGAGACUUGCAGUGUGUUGGCCAACCGUCCGAAAACUUGCUUACUAAGGAGACAUAUCCACACAGCUAGAGUGAUCAUGUCGUACUCAAUUGUCGAACGAGGAAGCCGUUUCACCAUGGACUAUCGGGUGUUCUUCACUGACUCCCAGCAGAAUGUGAUUUCUCCAUUCCAUGAUAUUCCCCUCUACCCAUCCAGUAGUGACCAGUCUGUUUGUAACAUGGUUGUGGAGAUUCCUCGCUGGUCCAAUGCCAAAAUGGAGAUCAGCACACAAGAAAAGAUGAAUCCAAUCAAACAGGAUGUGAAGAAGGAAAAGCCAAGAUUUGUGAAAAAUGUUUUCCCUCACCAUGGCUACAUAUGGAACUAUGGUGCCUUUCCACAGACUUACGAGGACCCGAAAAUCACCACACCAGACACAGGGUGUAAGGGAGAUUCCGACCCACUAGAUGUGUGUGAGAUCGGAUACAAGGUGCAUCCUAGGGGAUCUGUGAUACAAGUCAAAAUCUUAGGGACCCUUGCUCUAAUUGAUGAAGGUGAAACUGAUUGGAAGAUAUUGGCCAUAGAUGUAACAGAUCCUCUGGCAGAGAAAUUAAACGAUAUUGAAGAUAUAGAUAAGCACAUGCCUGGAUUUUUAAAGGCCACAGUUGAAUGGUUCAAAAUAUACAAGAUGCCAGAUGGAAAGCCAGAAAAUACAUUUGCCUUUGAUGGUGAAGCAAAAAAUAAGGAAUAUGCCUUAAAGGUGGUAGAGGAGUGUAGUAAGCAGUGGAAGGACCUCAUAGGCAAGAAUGUGGAAUGUGACAGUAUUAAAUGUGAGAAUACCACCGUGGCAGGAAGUCCAUACAAGAUAGAGAAUCAGGAAGCCAACGCUUGUGUAGAAAAUCAUCCUGCACUACAAGAGGCUGAGGUAUUAGGUCCUGAAGUGGACAAGUGGUACUAUGUAUAAGUCCUGUGACCAAUAGACUGAUCAAAAUUACAUUCUACACAAACUCUAUGCUCAGUAACUAAAUCAGCUAACAUAUCUUUUACUAUAUUUGUGCUCUUCCCUAGUGCUGCACUGAUCUCGGGAAGAUUUAUUAGUCUACUAUUGGUGUACCUUAUGUGUAUGGAUAUUAACGUGAUUAACAGUGAAAUCUAUGACAAAUUAAUCCCAGCUAUACAUGUUCAUUUGCAACAUCAAAAUGUGCUUUACAUUGUGUUACUGUAUACAUUUCAUUUAUUGUAAUUUACAUGUUUAAAUUUUGAGUGAUCGAAGCAUUUAUUUUGAGAUUAUAAAUAAUUUUAGUUACAUCUUUAUAUGAAUAUGUCUCAACUAUUUUGCAAACUUGAUAAAAGUUUUAAUUUCUUUGUUGCCUUUAUUUGCUGAUAAAAAUGGUAAGGCAUGUCAGAAGGAUAAUGAAUGGGUUCAAGGGGAAUCAAGUUAUGUCCCUUGAAUCAUUGUUGACCAAACCAUUCUGACAACACUAUAUUCUCAUGAGUUCUAAUUGCCAAAGGGUUUUUCAGCAUUGUUUCUUUGUUUUUGAUUGAUCAUAAUUUUAACAUUACAUUGCCUGUAUUUGUUGAUUCUUUUUACUUUAUUUAGGAAUUAAAAUUUCAUGACAUAUCUCCACAAUACCUACAUUCGCUUGUCAAUCCUUACAGGUCUAGGUAUAAUUGAUUUAAACAUUUUUAUUUCUUUGAAAUCUGUAAGCAGUGUAUUUUCUGUCCAAACCAUCAAACCAUUCUGUACUUGACAUGGUUUGACUUGGUAAUGUCUGUUGGGUGAAAUAUGAUCGUUUUGAUUGAGGUGUCCGUGUCCAUGAAUAUGAGAUUCCUAUCUUCCAAUCUUUACAAUUCAUAGUUUUAAGAACAAAAACAAAAAGAAACUAUGAACUUUGACAGACUCUUCCUCUCAAGUUUCCUGUUAACUGUUUUGCCUAUAAUUGCCAGCUGAAAGAAAUUCAUUACUUUGACUUUAAUCACUUAAAAUGUCAUAAAUAUGGAUGGAGAAAUCACAAUUGAUAAUUGUCAUGUGCUUUUUUCAAUAGAAUAGAUACCAGCAAGUUUCAGUACCAUCUGAAGAAUUUCAAUUUCUCUUUAAUUUACAAAUGUAAUUGUGUGCUUUUUCAAUGAAUUGAACUGUCACAAAGGAACAAGUUAGUGUGGCGAGAUGACUAUCCAAUGUCCCAAUGUCCCAGUGAUCACCACGUUACUAUUUAUUGUACAGUAUCUACACAAUCAGAAAUCUAGUAUAGCAUCCUCUUCAUCAUUCUGCCAGGAAUAGUCAAUAAAUACAAUCGUCUCCUA